UUUGAGCCGGCACCGAGAGAGACGGAGGCGGAUCGCACGGGCGACAGAAGUACGCUGCAUCGCAAACUUCCCGAGUUCCUCUUCCUCGUCGUCAAGGAAAAAGACGGCAAGUGGGGCUUCCCAAAGUCUAAACACGAUGACGGAGAGACGAUGCGCCAAACGGCUGAGCGAUCGCUGAAAGCUUUCGCGGGAGAUUCUUUAGAGUGUUGGGUGGUCGGGAAUGCGCCGCAGGGUCACUACGAAACCGCCGACGGCACGACAUUUUAUUACCGCGGUUCAUACAUCGAGGGUGAGUUAGAAUUGCAAGAUGGUUACGUCGAGCACGCGUGGGUGACGAAAGAGGAGCUAGGUGAAUACUUUGACGCCGAUCAUCACGAUUUGUUGAAGAGAAUGCUUUAG